AUGGCGAAACAAAAAUAUGAUGAACUAACCACGCAAUUAUCCGAAUACAUGAAGCAUAAACAACUUCCGGUUUAUCUACAAUCGAGAAUUUGGACGUACUUUGAAUUUCAAUUUCAAAAAAGUUAUUUUAGAGAGGAUAAAAUUUUGGGUGCCGUUUCGAGUACUUUACGUCAGGAAAUUCAAAUGCAUAGUUGCAAGAAGUUGGUGGAAAACGUGGAUUUCUUUCGCGACCUUCCCAUGAGUUUUUUAAUGAAAAUCGUAACGAUCCUCCAUCACGAAAUCUUUAUGACUAACGAUGUAAUCCUAAAAGCGAAUACGUACGGAGAUUCUAUGUACUUUAUCGCCACCGGAACGGUUGCCAUUUAUACUAAAUCAGGAAAAGAAAUAUGUCACCUUACAGAUGGAAAUCACUUUGGAGAAGUCGCCUUGGUUGUGAAAACGGAAAAAAGAAUUGCUUCUGUAGUUGCCACGGAAUGCUCAGAAAUGUAUCGAUUGAAUCGUAAGGAUUUUAUGCGUGCUUUGCUACCUUAUCCCGACCUCUUAACAAAAAUUCAACAUAUUGCUGCUACAAGAAAAGAAGAAACGGACGCUGCUGAUGAUAGAAUGAGUACAAAAGGAGAAGGUGGAAAAGAUAGACACCAUCACACUAUUUCGUUCUCAGCUACUAAUUCCCCACAUUUAUCGAUGGAUUCUAUAACAUUAAAAUUACUUGACCGCUGA